GUAAGAGUGAGCUUCAGAGGACAGACGUUGAUGCUGGGAAGGUUCUGAACACAUUCAAGAAGCUGGGUUACAGAACAUCACUGCACAACGACCAGACUGUGGAAGAAAUGAAAAACCUGAUGAAACAAGCAUCUCAGGAGAACCACAGCCAGAACGCGUCCUUUGUGUGUGUUCUGCUGAGUCUUGGAGACGAGGGGGUCAUUUAUGGCACUGAUAAAUUUGAAAAGAUCGACACUCUGAUAAAUAACUUCAAAGAACACAAGUCUCUGAGUUUGGCGGGGAAGCCAAAGCUCUUCUUCAUACAGGCGUGUCGUGGUUCGUCCCGGGAUGGUGGUGGGAUGAUUGAGACCGAUGCUGUGGAAGAGCAAGCAACAGAGAGGAUUCCUGUGGAGGCAGACUUCCUGUAUGCGUACUCCACAGAUCCGGGCUUUAACUUCUGGAUGAACACAUCCUGCGGCUCCUGGUUCAUUCAGUCCCUGUGUGCAAUGUUGGAAAGGUUCAAGGGAGAACUGGAUCUGAUGAAGAUCCUGACUCGGGUCAACCACYUGGUGUCGCGCCAAUUUGAGUCUUCAUCCAACUUGCCUGGGUUUAGUGGGAAAAAGCAAAUCCCUUGUAURYUCUCAAUGUUGACAAAAGACCUUUAUUUUCCUAAGUAAAACCAUUUUACACUUAAUUKAUUUAGAAACCAAACACUUUUYCAACAAGGGAGCAUUGACUAGGGCUGGGUGAUWUGGAUAAAAACUGAAUCAGGAUAUAUGCCUUUCAAUAAUCAUUGAUUAGUUUUUUUAUUUUACCUAUUUGGUGAUGUGAUCUUUGUUCUCUUUUAUCCACAACUUCCUCUUGAGCUGUUGCAUCAUUUUCUCCUCCAUGUCAUUCUGUUUUAUUUUGAAGGAGUUAUGGUGGUUAAACAUGGAACUACUACAUGUUUGUUACUCAACAGGUUGUUGCAGCUCACCAGAAAUGAGUUAGUUGGUUGAUGCAACCAAUCUUACUGCRAAUUUACUCUAGAUGUGGCUCUGCUCCGAUGCGGUCCAAGCUCCGCAGCAAAUACGCAACCAUUAUAAUCAAUGACAGUAUUUACACUGCAGGGUGGCAGUGAGUGGAAGACGAUCUGCWAAAAUUAGAUUUGAUCCUAUUUGUUCUGGACGCUGCUCUGGAUCAGAUUUCAGUGAAACUAUCAACAUUCAAUCAGAUGUAUUUUCUUCUGAUAUUGAUCAAGUGUCUAUAGCAAUAUACUGUCCAUUGUUAUUGCUUUAUUGCCUAGCCCUAGCUUUAACUGUCCUGCUAGUCCAAACAGAGCUUAAAUGGCACAACCAGCUUUGAAAAGAUAUGUGAGAAUUAAAACUAAUUAGAGAUGUAUUUUUUAUUAUGUAAUUUAAAAUUUGUACUAAAGUUCUGGUGGAAAUAAACACA